AUGUACUCCUUCCUUCUACUCGCGCUCCCACUCCUUGUCGCAGCCGAGUCCGGUUACCGCCCUGCGCUUGAGAUCCGUCAAUCCACAGUCCAAGAAGUCUGCGGCUCUGGCGGCGUAGAUUGCGGAGACGGCUGGUGCUGCUUCGCCGGCAACACGUGCGCAUCGGCAACAGGCGGCUUCGGCGAGAAGCAAUGCCUCACCUCGAUCGGCGACACCACACUGACCAUCGUCGCCUUCCCCUACCGCUCCGAAGCAGCGCAGUCCUUGAGCUACCCCACUGAAGCGGCGUCGUCCCUCGGAGCGGUUCUGUCAUCUGCUACACGCGUAGCGUCCCUCUCCUCCGAUCUGGCAGCCUUUUCUUCGGAUCUCGCAUCUCUGACCUCGGGGUUCGCUAGUCUGAGCAGGACGCUCUCCCAGUUUCCAACCAUCACGGGGCCGAUGUCCGGUGGCGAUGCAACAACUCAACCCAGGGCUGGCGGAGGCGAUGCGGAUGCCGCUGCGGGCUUGAGAGCGCCUGGAUUGGCGGUGUUUGCGGGCACGGCUGCGGUGUGGGUUAUUGCGGGUUUGGCGGGCGGAGCGUGGGUGUUGGCGCACUGA